GUUCAUACUUUCAGUGAUUAUCUAAUUUGCUAAGAAAUGUCUAUAUAAUAGGAAGUUCCAAACAAUGCCUAAACAAACCGAAUUGGAGAAUAGCUGAAGCAGCAGCACCAUAAGGCUCACUUCUUACCUUACAUUCUCUACCAAAAGAAUGGAUGGCAAGCGGAGUUUGACAGUUGCUGAUGCUGUGGACUACAAAGGGUGUCCAGCAAACCGGUCUAAAACCGGUGGUUGGGUCCCGGCUGCUCUUAUCGUAGGGAUUGAACUAUGUGAAAGACUUUCAACAAUGGGAAUAGCUGUAAAUCUGGUGACUUACUUGGUGGGAACAUUGCAUCUGCCUAGUGCAACUUCAGCCAACAUUGUCACAGAUUUCAUGGGUACAUGUUUCCUCCUUUCCAUGCUUGGAGGUUUUUUGGCAGAUUCUUUCCUUGGAAGAUAUAAGACAAUAGCAAUCUUUGCCUCAAUACAGACACUGGGAACUGGAACUCUAGCAGUAAUAACAAAGUUACCACAACUACAUCCACCUCCUUGCCAUCCUAGUGCCAGCAAGAACUGCAAGCAAGCAAAUGGGUUUCAACUGGGAAUGAUUUAUUUGCCUCUGUAUCUAAUUGCUCUAGGAACUGGGGGUAUCAAAUCCAGUGUUUCGGGAUUCGGGACUGACCAAUUCGAUGAGAAAGAUGACAAGGAGAAGGCUCAAAUGGCAUAUUUCUUCAACAGAUUUUUUUUGUUUGUCAGCAGUGGGACUUUGUUAGCAGUGACGGUGCUUGUUUACUUGCAAGAUGAAGUGGGCCGCAGUUGGGCUUAUGGAAUUUGUUCAGUUUCAAUGUUCACAGCAAUUUUAACAUUCCUGUGUGGUACUAAGAGAUACAGAUACAAGAAAAGCAUGGGAAGUCCAAUAGUUCAUAUCUUCCAGGUCAUUGUUGCAGCAAUAAACAAGAGGAAGAUGGAACAACUCAAUGCUACUUUGCUAUAUGAAGAUUCUGCUGCAACCUCAAGAAUAGAUCACACAAAUCAAUUCCAAUUUCUGGACAAGGCUGCCAUUGUUGCAGAGGGAGAUUUUGAGAAAUCUGUAUGCUCAGCUCCCAAUCCCUGGAAGCUCUGCACAGUAACAAGGGUAGAGGAGGUAAAGAUGAUGAUGAGACUGCUACCAAUAUGGGCCACAACCAUAAUCUUCUGGACUACAUAUGCUCAGAUGAUCACUUUCUCAGUGGUGCAGGCAUCCACCAUGGAAAGAUCAUUGGGGGAUUUUCAAAUCCCUGCAGGCUCUCUAACUGUUUUCUUUGUGGCAGCCAUAUUGAUCACACUGGCUUUUUAUGACCUUCUUAUCAUGCCUCUUUGGAAGAAAUGGAAAGGGCAACCAGGUUUUACAAACCUACAGAGGAUUGCCAUAGGUCUUAUCCUGUCAACUUUUGGAAUGGCAACUGCAGCUUUAGCCGAGAUGAAACGGCUCUCAGUGGCUAAAGCUGUGGGUAGGUCCACCGCAACUUUGCCUUUAAGUGUGUUCCUACUGAUUCCUCAAUUCUUCUUGGUGGGUUCUGGAGAAGCUUUCAUCUAUACUGGCCAGCUUGAUUUCUUCAUAACACAAUCCCCAAAGGGAAUGAAAACUAUGAGCACUGGCCUCUUCCUCACAACUUUAUCGCUAGGGUUUUUUGUUAGUAGUUUUCUGGUUGCAGUUGUGAAGAGGAUGACGGGAAGCAAGGAUGGACAGGGAUGGCUGGCAGACAACAUAAAUUAUGCUAGGCUCGAUUGUUUCUAUGGACUUCUUGCCAUACUAAGUGGCAUAGAUUUUGUAGCAUUUUUAAUUUGUGCAAUAUGGUAUAUGCCACAGAAACCCAAACAAGUUUUAGAGAUGGAAACUAGUACAAAUGGGGGAUCUGCAGCUGAGAAAUGCUAGUAAACUAAGCUUGGAUUUUGGGUUUGUUUAUUUUGUUUCUUGUAUCCCACAUUACUCCAUAGUGUGGAUUGAUAAGGAUGGGCAGAGGAAAGGGUGGGACAUUAAUAAGUACUCUUGAGUCUUGAUUGACAAGGGAUCAUUUUAUAAGGAUAAGCAGAUCCCAAUUUCAAUGGAUACUUUCAUAUUGAAUAAGCUAAAGCUGAACUCUUGAUCACUUUUAAAUCACCAUUCCCCAAUUUGAAAUAAAGAGAGCGAAAAAACAAAUGUAAGAGUUCAAAACGCUAUAGUAGCAGAAAACAAAACUUGCAAAUUAAAGCUCAUUUUCACGUAACAGAAAACUGAAGACCAACGCAAUUAUGAGACGUCCCUCUUGAUGAGUUUGAAUUCCCCUCCUCCUUUGAAUGUUCUAUAUAAGCAUGGGUCUAAACACAUAAAUGUGUAAUAUAUGAACUUCGCAGAUUGCAUCGAAUAUCAGCAUGGUGCCUUGGGGUGGGGGGUGUUAUGCUAAAAAUGGGUAUCUAAACAAAACCAAAAGAAGAUCGUGAAUAAUAGUACAUAUUAGUUAAACACUCUGGACAGCUUCCUCCUAGAAGCUCAGUCCCAUAUAGAUCCACAACAGUUCAUUCUCCAGUCAUAGAAAUAGAUUCUGUACUACAACAUUAGGCAACUAAAAUCAACCCCAUAAACCCCACAAUAAAUAGAUGAACCCAAAAAAAUAAUAUAUCUAAGAACGCAUACCUAACUCAAAACUCCAAAACUUUGCCGAGAUAUGAAUUCGAUUCUUGCAGCUACUGUUAAACAUCAUCAAUCUGUUCUCUUCUGCAUGUCUCCUCGUACAAGCUCAUGCAUUUCAGUAGCCUAAUUUUGACUAUCAUUCUUCCUAUCAUUCCCUUCUUCUCUCUCCUCCAACAACCUACCA